UGCUGUGUUUUGUCAGUUCCAGGACCACAGAGGUUUGGCACAGCCUCUCUUUCCUUCUGUAACUCUCUCUCUCUCGCUUACUGUCUCCGACACAAACACACACACUCUCUCUCCCUUCCUCCUGAGACCCACGUCUCCUAACUGCACACCGCUCACCUGCAGCAGAGCUUGAGGGCUGAACCCUCCUGCUUCAGGACAACAGAGAGAGGUCAGUUUUGAUCCCGUGACUGGAAGGAUGGGCGCACUCCGACUUUGCCUGCUGGCUGCUCUCAUGGGCGGGGCCCUCUGCCAGUACUACGACUACGACGCAUACUACCAGCCCUCAUCUUUUAUGGGUCCCUCAGGACCCAACUGCGCACAAGAGUGCGAGUGCCCUAUCCUGUUUCCUAGUGCCAUGUACUGUGAUGGGCGUAAACUCAAAUUCAUUCCCAUUGUACCCUCUGGCAUCAAGUACCUCUACCUGCAGAACAACAUGAUUGAAGAGAUCAAGGCCGGUGUCUUUGAUAAUGCCACUGACCUCCGCUGGCUCGUCUUGGAUCACAACCAAAUUACCAGCAGCAAGGUUGCUAAAGGCACCAUUGACAAAUUGGUCCACUUAGAAAAGUUGCUCUUCAGCUACAACAACCUUACGGAGCCAAUGGGACCAUUGUCGAAGUCCCUGAAUGAAUUCAAGAUGAUAGGAAACAAGCUCAACAAGUUCCCCCCUACAACGCUAUCAGGCAUGGAGAACCUUACCACCGUGCACCUGGAGGGCAAUGAAUUGACCACAGAGGCGAUCACUGGGGCUUUCAAGGGGCUCAAGUCCCUGAUUUUCUUAGAUGUCAGCAACAACAAGCUCAAAAAACUGCCUGCUGGUGUCCCAAAUUCCCUUGAGAUGCUGUAUGCUGACCACAAUGACAUUGACAGCAUCCCUGGUGCCUACCUGCAGAAACUCCCUGCUCUGCAGUACCUCCGGGUGUCCCACAACAAGCUGGCUGACUCUGGAGUUCCUGCAGGAGUCUUCAAUUCUUCAUCUCUCAUCGAGUUGGAUCUCUCCUUCAAUAAACUCCAGUCCAUCCCCGAGGUCAAUGAGAAUCUGGAGCACCUCUACCUGCAGGGCAACAGUAUCAACAAAUUUGACCUGACAAGCUUCUGCAAGUUCACCGGACCUCUCAAUUACUCACGCCUGAGACACUUGCGUCUUGAUGGGAACAACGUCACACGGGAGAACAUGCCAUUUGACACGUCCAAUUGUCUCCGCCAGGCCACUGACAUCGUUUUUGAAUAGAGGCUUUCCUCAGUCUUCAUCAUCUGCUCUAAUGUUAUCCAUGUUGCCCCUUCCUGAAGUCAGAAAUUCAACCUUUCCCACAAAUACAUGAGCUCUCAUAAAAAGUACCAGCCAACAAAUUAUCUAAGCUAAGGAAUUCUAGCUAAAGUCCUUGAAAUUUUCUAACUGUAAAUCUAGCGAUUUUGCAACAUGCUUAAUUAAAUGUACUUUUAAAGAAAUUACAUUUAAGAGUAAAUGUAAGAAUUCUUUAGCUUAACCAAGGAAUUCUCUUGCCAUAGAUAGGAGGUAUAAUGCUGUUCAUAAAGGAAUUCUCUCACUUUAAGUUUAAGAAUUCUUAAGUUAUGGACUUACGGAAGUCCUGAGCUGCAAAUCAAGGAAUUGUAUAGAUUUAAAAACCUAGGAAUUUUCCAGCUUGCAAAACAGAAGUUUAUUCAAUGGAAUUUUAAACAUAGAAACCCAUUAAAUAUCCAGCUUUAUGUUUAAAAAUUCUUCACCUUGCAAAACUAGAAAUUCUUUUGCAUUUAAUCUUCAAAUCCUUCAACAUGGGGCUCAUCUUGAUCCCAUCCGAGGUGCCAUGGCACAGUUCUGGUGGAAAAGGGCAAUGCCUUUGUCAUUUGGUCAAGUUAUUUUUUUUAACUUUUUUUUUUAUGAUCUUAUUUUGGUUAUUUUCCUUAUAUCUGACAUAGCCCUUCCACUUUCUUUCCCUAGUUUUAAAACUGAUUUCUAAAUGUAACAGAGGAGAAACAAUACUACAAUAAGACACACUCAUCAUAACAUUCUGCAAUACACAAUAUGGUUUAUUUAGCACAAUAAUACCUUGUAUCCUUUACUAAGUGCUGUAUGUUUCUCUCUAAAACCUAUAAUAGGUUUUUUUUUACUGUAAGUGAAUUAUAAUACAUUCACAGAUAAUGCUAUACAUAGAGCAAUGAAGUCACAACCUGUCAUAACUGUUUUUGAGUAAAAACUAACCAAACUCUUGAAACACAUUCUAGAAGUACAUAUUGUUUAAUGACAACCUGUUAAAUAUGAGCUUAUAUAUAAAACUGCUAUUUUCCUGAAUAUAGAACUGCUAUGCAUUGUAUAAUUUGUCUUUUUUUAAAGAGUCUGGUUGCUCUUUUAUUCAUAUUUUUGUCUUUUAUUAAAUUAGUUCCAGACCGCACACUUAUAUGAGGAGUCAAUGCUGUACCUAAGUCAGACCUGCAGGUAAGGAAAAGGUAGAAUUGUCCUGCUCAGAUGUACUAGUGCUGUAUACUGGGAGGUGAAAAAUAGUGAUCUUUAGGGAGAUCUUUCUGACAGACCCUACUGCUCAAAAUGUGCAUGGUAAAUGCAAUAUUGUAAAAAAAAAGAAAAAAAAUAUAGGACUGUAAUCAUUUGAAAUGAAUUCUGUAAAAUUAUACAUAAUGCAAAUGUACAACUCUUCAUUGUUUCUGUCAAGGACUUUGAAUAAAUUUUCUGAGUGAAAACAUUUAGAUAAUAAUGACCUGUUUUUGUUAUAAUAUUCUGUGCUACAUGCGUUUGAACUGAUAUCAAUAAAAUUUCCACUCAUUCACAAUA